GGCACAUAUCACUAAAUAUUUUCCUUGCAAACUCUGAGUUCUUUGAAGGCUUUCCUUUGUAUUUGUCUUUAUUUUUGACAAUAUUAUCAAUAUAUGGCUUCAAUGUCUGCUCAUGGGUCAGGUUCAUGGACUGCAAUGCAAAACAAAGCGUUUGAAAGGGCUUUGGCAGUGUAUGAUGAAGAUACACCUCAGCGAUGGUUGAAUGUUGCAAAGGCAAUUGGUGAAAAAACUGAAGAGGAAGUCAAGAGGCACUACCAACUUCUUGUGGAGGAUGUCAAGCAUAUUGAGUUUGGUGAAGUUUCUUUCCCCUACAGGCGUAUGUGACAAUGGCCAAUGACAAAAACAGGAUGAGAAACAUGAAGAUCCACUGAGCGAGCUCAGCUCAUGCAGUAUUGGAAUAAUAAAAAGAAGAAAAUAACCAUUUUGCUUGCUUUUGUGUGCCCCUUUAAGUUUUAAAUGUAAUUGUAAUAAAAGAAAUAAAAAAAAUUAUUGCUAUGUUAUUUUCCAUAAGCAGCAUCAUCUUCAGAUUUACAACAUGUGAGGUACCGUUGAACUAUACUCUUUUAGCCCCAUCUUCAAUUUUGUUACUUAGAAAAGUUUGCCAAUGAA